UGUGUAUAAAAAGCAGCCGCGCUCUAGCGGGUGGAUUAUAACAACAAGCGAGGCGGAGGGGGGACGCACCCGUGAGAAGUCACUGCGGCGCACCAACCCAGAAAGAAGACCCGCUCAGACGGCAGCAGGAUGCAGGCGACCCGGAGCGGAUUCUCCUGGAGGCUUGUGCUUUUCUCCUGCGUGCUUCUGGAGACUUUAUCCCAGGACUUUGGCGGGCAGACGCAGUUCAUUUGCACGUCCGUGCCCAAAGACGUGGACAUUUGUGCGGCCACGCUGCAGAACAGCGUUCCGGGAUUGGAUCUAAAGUCCACGGUCAUGCAGCUGCGGGAGACGGUUCUGCAGCAGAAGGAGACGAUCAUGAACCAGAAGGAGACCAUCAGAGAACUGACCUCCAAGUUGGCUCGCUGUGAGAGUCAGAGUGGCACCGAGCCCGGCGGCAGGAGGAAGGAGACCGGGACCAAAAACACCAUGGGGGACGUGUCCAGGGGCCCCGCGGACACUUUAACGCAGCUCUCUCAGACUUUACAGUCACUGAAGCAGCGAUUAGAAAACCUGGAGCAAUUCAGCAGAAGUAAUAACUCGGUGCAAGCGAACAGCCUGAAGGACAUGCUACAAAGUAAAAUUGACGACUUGGAGAAGCAGGUCUUGUCCCGAGUGAACAGCAUCGAGGAGGGGAAGCCUGGACUCCGGAACGAGACGGAGCAGCGCGGCAGAGUCGAGUCCACCCUCACCUCCUUACAUCAAAGGAUCGCAGAUCUGGAGAAAGGUCAAAGAGAGAACAGACCCUUGGAUAAAUUCCAGCUCACCUUUCCUUUGAGAACCAACUACAUGUAUGCUAAAGUGAAGAAGAGCUUGCCUGAAAUGUACGCUCUGACCGUGUGCAUGUGGCUGAAGUCCAACGCCUCACCUGGAGUAGGAACACCUUUCUCCUACGCAGUUCCAGGUCAGGCCAAUGAGCUUGUCCUCAUAGAGUGGGGCAACAACCCAAUGGAGAUCCUGAUUAAUGACAAGGUUGCAAAGCUCCCGUUUCUUAUCAACGAUGGAAAGUGGCAUCAUAUCUGUGUGACCUGGACGACCCGUGACGGUGUCUGGGAAGCUUUCCAGGAUGGGGUGAAAAGAGGAAGUGGAGAAAAUCUGGCUCCCUAUCAUCCCAUCAAGCCACAAGGCCUGCUCAUCCUCGGCCAAGAGCAGGACACGUACGGAGGAGGAUUUGAUGCCACACAAGCUUUUGUUGGAGACUUGGCGAACUUCCACAUUUGGGAUAGGAAGCUGUCUGAGGGAGAGAUUUACAAUCUGGCCACCUGCAGCAGCAAAGCUCAAGUAGGCAAUGUUUUUGCGUGGAUGGAGACAAGUCUUGACAUUUACGGAGGCGCCUCGAAGUGGACAUUUGAAGCCUGCCGUCAGCUGAACUGAACCAAACUGAAGAGAAGCUCCAUGCAGUUGCAAAUGCCACUGAAUCAAACUGAUUUCAGAAAGAUCACGAGGAGGCUUUUUCAGUGAAUAGCUCCUGAAUUUUUUUGGCAUAGGUGUUUGAGAGAAAAAAAGAAAAUAUUUUGGACGAAUUCAUAGAUUUUUACCAGAUUCAUGCGUGGGAGAGAUCAGUGAAAAGGUGCACUUUGGCUUCCUGUUGUGUACAUCAGGUGCACACGCAGCCGGCCGCUUCUGAGGGAGGAGGUCGCUCGCUUGAGAGCAGAAUAACUGGCCAGCAUCAGACGUACCGUAGGAGGUCAUGUAGUUUUUAGAAAACAGAUGUCACAUGAUUUAGCGGAGUGAAAGGCUUCUCCAGCUGUGUUUUCUGUCUCGACUGCCAGGGACUUCCACUGUGAAAACAGGCCAGGUGGUUUCAAAAGUUUUCCUAAGGAGGUUAUAAAAUAGACCCACAUCCUUUCUCUGCCACUCUUCUUUCUCUUCUACCACCUGCUUUACGUGAUUUUGUGUGAAGAAUGACGUUCCCUUAUUGCCAACGUUUGAGCCUGAGUGCCUUGGGCUGCUGCAAACUAUCUCAGCACAUCCAUCUUCCUCUGCAGAGCGUUUCGUGCAUUCGUGUUUACUUUCCUGGGAAACUGAUAUCCAAAAGAGGUUUUUCAGUGUGACACUUAAAAUGGCAGUGGAUUAUUAUUGUUAUGAUUAUUAUUAUUAUUGUAAAAUGCAGUUUGUUGAUGACAAUGGCGCCUUUUUUUGUUUUGUUUUUUUUACUGUUGCUUCUACUCCAGUGGGAAUGUUCUUUGUACAGUAACGAGCAUGUCUUGACUUCUGUAAUGCUGCGUCAUCAUCUCUGAUCUUUGCUUUUACUCUCCUAACUAUAGGUUCAGGUUUUAUACUGUAUCGGUAUAUGCUUAAAGCAUGGCAACAGAGACAGAUGGGAAAAAAUUCUAGUUUUUGUAAUAAAUUGUUAUACUUGACUCAGAGGCAAGUGCAAACAUUUAUUUUUAUAGGACAAACUGGGUGGCAAACUGUGAUACGUGAAAGUUUCGUUUGUGUCACAGUAAAUGCAAAAUGAUUCAAAGAUUAAAGCUGUUAAUAAUGUUAUGAAGUUAUUAUCAUGAAGGGUGCCAACGCCUAUGACUUCAAGCAUCUGUUGUAAUAUUUUGUUGGGAUUUUUUUCUUGAUUUUUGUCCAUUUUUCCAGUUCUGCGGAUUUGGAAGAGGCAAACGAUGCAUUCAAACAUUUGGUUCAAUCAGGAAUAGUGGCAGUGGUACUUUAAAUUAUGUAAACCUAAUUAUCAAUCAAUAAAUGACACAUUUCCCUGUAAACAACAAUGGGAAAUUAGUGAAAGCCCACACACUAUGGAGCCAUAAAGCUCAGAUCAACUCAACGGAUCACAAAACGUUUGCCGUUUUUUGACCACACUGGCAUUGUCUUGUCUUUUAGAAUUUCACACCAUCAGUUAAAGGUGGAAUAUUAAUCAUUUGAAUAAAAAGCUAUAUGUUUAAACACUAACACCUCAACGAGGUAUUCAGAAUGAAUGUACAGUUUCUCAUUUAAAAACGUUAUUUAAAAAAAAUAAAUCUAAUUUUUAUUUUUUCGG